GUUUGAGUCUAGCAAAUUUAAACAAUCGGAGUUUAUCUUUUAAUUUGAAUUGGAAUUAAACUCGAACCUAGUAAAAAUUUAAUAAGAGUUUGAGCUCUCAGCUUGUUUAGGCCCUUAAUUUUUAGUAUUCUAUUACUGAGUUCUCCGUGCAUGCUGAAAUUGCAGAGAGAAUAAUAUCGGCAAUGAAAUGUAGCACACCAAAAUAGAAGCUUCUUGCUGGUUUGCUAGCUAAGGUUCAUCCUGCUUGAGCUGACAUGUAUGGAGCAGUAUUGAAGCGUGUGUCCCUCUAAAACUUAUCCUAAUCCCCUCACCAACAAGAUUGAUGUAAAGAUUGUUCACUCAAUACAUAAAAUCAGACACCAAAACAAUCGAACUGGUUAGCAUCCCAAGAAAAUCACAAUUGUGCCCGCCAAAUUAUCAUUUCCCACCUAUAAAGUUCAUUAUGCAGUUGCAAAGUUUCCAUAGUUCGCACCCCCAUUAGCCGAAGUUCAAACCCUGCAAGAAAAAAACUUCUAUGGAAGAAUCCAAACAGCAAGAAAUUAGCCAAACCGAUGUAGAGUCUACGAGUCUCUGCGAUGCGCUAAAAUGUUGCCUGAUCAAACUUGGCAUAGGGGGAGCUGACAAGUUCAUGGAUAGAAAUAGGUUGAAAAUGAAAUCUUUCAGCAAUAGCUUUGGGCAGCAAGACUGGGGCUCUAGUUCAAAGGAUUGUCACAAUUGUGCAGAAUGUACUUUUGGGCGGAGAAGAGAUGAAAAUGGUGUUUCCUUGCAAGACAACGAAAGGGUUAGUGCCAAGAAGGAUAAGCAUGUCGUAUAUGGCACUGUGACCACUAAUGAAUGGAACAAUGAGCAUGUUGAUGAGUCACAGGUAGUGAAUUCUCCUUCCGCAGGCUGCAAUCAAUUUUCUUUGAAUUUUCUUGCUUUCUUUGCAGUACUACUGAUGAAGUUCAUGGGUUUUCAGUUCAGUCUUCUGGUCAGUUUUUUCACAUUUCCGAUUUGGUUAUCGUACUUCUCGUUCAUGUUUCUUAUGUUUCCUUUCCAAACUCUAAGGCACAUUAGAGGGUUUUUUAUUACGAAAUUGUUUAAAUUCUGGGGUAUUUCUAGUAGAAAUGUUACUGAGAAAGCACAAAAAACAAUGGGAAAUAUAGCGAUGAGGUUUGGGCGUGCAUUCUUCUGGUCAAGCUAUGUAUUUCUCAUGCUUUUAGCGUUACUAGUAUCAGGGUUUGUAUUUGGAGGUUUAUUGAUGAGAAACAUUGUAGCUAAGCCUGUUCAGGCCAGAGAAAUUCUGAACUUCGAUUACACAAAAACUAGUCCAGUAGCAUUUGUGCCAAUAAUGCCACACUCUGGUGUGGGAGAUCCUUCUGGCCUAAUUGCUAAGGAAGUUGGAGAUCGUGUUAUUCCUUACAAUCACAAAUUGCAGCUCAUUGUUUCUUUGACAGUGCCCGAGUCUGACUGCAAUCGCAAACUUGGCAUCUUCCAGGUGAGGGUGGAAUUCCUGUCAGCAAUUUGAAAAGUCACUGCAAGCUCAAGUCAUCCAUGUAUGUUGCGGUUCAAAAGCCAACCCGUCCGAUGUGUCGAAACAAUCAUGAAGGUGAUGCUAGAGUCUCGAGCUGAGUACAAAUCAGGUGCUGGUAUCCCUGAAAUCUAUGAAGCAUCACUGUCUCUUGAGUCUGAUCUCCCACGGCUGAAAAGAUUAAUCUGGAACUGGAGGAGAACCAUUUUUGUGUGGACAAGCAUCGUCCUGCUUUUCACUGAGCUUAUGUUGCUUUUACUCUUCUGUAGACCUAUAAUUCUUCCAAGAGGAAGGCCUCGCAUAGCAUAUGCGAAAAAAGAAGAUCGUUCAAACAUCAUCUGCAAAGAAGAUCGUUCAAACAUCAUCUGCCGGUAUAGAAACAAGUGAUUCAAACAUCAUCUGCUGGUAUAGAAACAGGUGAUCAGAUGAUGACUUGCAAUCCAAGGUUGAUGCUGAGCAUUAAUAUUGAUUAUAAGGAAAGAGUAAUUAUGUUUUAAGAGUAGGAAAAUAAUUAUGACGAUGUAAGAUAAAGUAUAAAUCCUGCACACAUCUUAAACUUAAGUGCUAUGUUUUGCAGUUCU